CACGAGGGACGAUCUCUCUCUCUCUCUCUCUCUCUCUCUCUCUCUCUCUCUCUCUCUCUCUCUCUCUCUCUCUCUUGACCUGAGUGACAGACAGAUAUCAUUGUCACUGUUGUACACAAGUUUCCGGAAUACAGCUCAACGUGUAUUUCACUCUGCAGCACAAUGAAGGAGCAAAACUACAGCGAAGAAAUUACAAAAAUACUAGAGGAGGCUCCCGCAGCUCGAAAGGCGCUUCUUGACAACUACAACAAUUUGUACAAAGUAGCCGAAUACUGCGAGAGCAACUACCUGCAGUCUGGUAAUGACUCCAAGAAAGCACUGGAUGAGACCAAGGCCUUUACCGCCCAGUCAUUGGCUAGUGUGGCCUAUCAGAUCAACUCACUGGCCACCAAUGUCUUCAAACUGCUGGAUUCACAAACCCUGCAGCUCCGCAAAAUAGAGUCCUCCAUCAACCAGAUCGGAGAGACGGUGGACAUGCACAGAGAAAAGGUGGCCCGUCGAGAGAUUGGUGUUUUCACAGUCCCCAAGAAGCUACCACGCAGUCACAAGAUUGUCCCCCCAGCAAAAAGUAAAGAUGCCAAGCCGAAAUACUCCCGCACACCCAUCUCCUUCUCCAUCCUGGACUCUGUAGGUCAUGGCAUUAAGGAUUCUGGGCAGCCACAGGUAAAAACCGCGACCAUGACACGUAGCAGUAGCAUAUUGAGUCGAGGCGGCCGUCCUCCAGAGCCUGUCCAGUGUCCCGUGGUGCCCACUUUGUCCCACGGAUCAUCAGUCACCUCACUCAAUGAGAAAUCUAUAGCUUCUAGCUUCGGUAAAGCCGUACCACCUCCAGUAGUGCCCAGUUGGCCGGCCAGCUCUGAUGGUGACAUCGUGAGUACACUGCUGGAUCAAGGUCCACCUCCUCCACCCCCACCGAUGUUUGAGGGUGCACAUGACCAUGGGCAGGAUACUGGUCCACCCCCACCUCCACCUCCUCCAUUUGACUGUACUGAAGUCCCUCCGCCUCCUCCUAUGCCCCCUACAGUAAAUCCACCUGAUUCCAGCAACCUGUUGAGCAUUCCACCUCCUCCACCAGCUCCACCUCUUGAGACAGUGGCUGAGGAGAAUGGAUUUCAUCUACCAGGACCGCCCUGUGACAUGCUUCCUCCACCAGUCCCUGAUGGUUUUGAUCUUCCUCUUCCACCACCUGUACCUAAUGAUGUGAACAUUGAAGCUACGCGCUCACGGCGGUCACGAGUACGUCGACAUCCUCCUAGCGCUCGCUCUCUCUCUCUAAGGGUCCGCAUGGGCCCCAGUGCUCGCUCGCUUUACACACGUUCACUUUUUCUGCCUUCCGCUCAAUCACUCAUGAUACCCCCGCCCCCUCCAUAUCCACCUCCUCUGGCUCCGCCUGUUUCAUUGAGCCCAUUGUGCAGGAUCCCUGCCCGCCUGCAGCACCUGGAUCUUGAGAUUCCUGCUCCGCCCCCAUCACCACCAGUGGAUUUUGACAACUAUGAUGAAAUGCCCCCUCUACCGCCCCCUAUUGAUUAUGACACUUCUGCACCAGCUGAUUAUUUGGAGAAAGUGGUGGCACUGUAUAGCUACGACACAGGCAAGCCAGGUGACUUGGUCUUUCAGGAAGGUGAUAUCAUCUACCUUACCAUCAGGAAUGAGGAUGGCUGGUGUGAGGGAGAACUGAAUGGAGUCAAAGGUUAUUUUCCUGGCAACUAUGUGGAGUCAACCGCUUAACUGGCCGUAAGAAUCUAAUCAGAUCUUUAAAUAUACAAUUGUGCCCCAUGACAUUUCAAUUGUAGGAUUCUUUGUUUAGUGACGUAAAAAUACUUUGAUGCUGUGCACUGAAGUUUUAGUCUACGAGAAUGAAGUAUUUCCAAAAAGCAUUAACAUGUGUUGAUGAUAUGGAAAUGCACAUUUUUUGAAAAGUUUAGUUUUGUUUAAAUAAUAAUAAUGAUUUUCUGAAAUCUCUCAGGACUUUGGUACUCUAAAAAUGCUAUUUAUUUUUAACCCAGCGUUGGGUCAAAAAGGAUCAAGCUGUUGGGUUAAAGUAACCCAGAAAAUUUUUAUAUUUGACCCAACAAUAUUAAAACAACCCAGCAUUUUGAGUUGAAACAACCCAGCUUAAAUUACAACCCAACGGGCUAGGUUCGUCCUUUUUUGACGCAAAGCUGGGUUGAAAAUAACCCACAAUUUUUUAAGUGUAAUAGUUGUUUUAGUUGCGUAUUAAGAAACAUAAUUUUUGCACAUUUAGCUGUAUUUAAACAUUGGUUCAAUUUUACCAAGCAGAUUGUAAAUGUUUAGUUAUUUCUUAAAUAUGUUUUCUUUAUUCGUUUAUAAAGGCUAUUGUGUACAUCACAUAAUGGCAUAAUAUAUUUGUUGUUUUGUUUUUGUGUCAUUUUUCUGUCAUACUUUAGUUAAAUUGUAACUGUAAACCUUUAAGUCAAGAUAAUGCAACAUUUAUAGCAUUUAUUUACUUAAGCGAUUUGCUCAACUCUUGGUUGAUUUUUAUAUGUAUGUCACUUUCACAACU